CAAUUUUCUAAAAAAGACAACAGCAAAAACAUGUACACACAGAUAAAAAGCCCAUUUUUCAAGAUCCUAUAAUCCUUGGUUGUUUCUUACGUGUGCAUACUAUAAAUAAACAGAUGAAUGCAAACAAGAGCAAUGCACUACACUUCUAGACCCCUUAUCUCUAAGAGAUGGCUGAAGGUAGGAACCAAAGUAACAUUGUGAUGUUUCCAUUUAUGGCUCAAGGCCAUCUCAUUCCUUUCUUGGCACUUGCACGGCAAUUAGAGCUAAGGAAGGGUUAUACAAUCACCAUUGUCAAUACACCUUUAAACAUCCAAAGGCUCAGAUCCUCACUCCCUCCUGAAACAUGCAUACGCCUUGCUGAAAUCCCCUUUUGUGCCACCGACUAUGGCCUUCCACCUGACUCAGAAAACACAUAUAUGUUGUCUGAUGUUGAUGGUUUUUGCCUCUUGGAGGCCUCAGAAAAUCUUGAAUCACCCCUUAAGAACCUCCUUAUGGAAAUCACUGAACGUGAUGGCUAUGCACCAGUGUGCAUUAUCUCAGAUAUGUUCUUGGGGUGGACGGUUAAAGUUGCAAAUGAGCUUGGGAUAUUUCAUUCAGUGUUCAUAGCAGGGGUUGCCUACAGCAUGGCAAUUUACUUUUCCAUUUCUCUGAACACAUCCUUGUGGCAAACAAAUGACGAGGAAUUUUCACUGCCUGAUUUCCCUGAAGCAUCCAAAAUUCAUCGGGCACGAACUCCCAAUGAUCUCAAAUACAUGGAUGCUGCUGAGGCCUGGUUUGGUUUCCGUAAGCGUCAGUUCAUGUAUUGCUUACAUUCAGACGCAAUCUUAUUGAAUACCAUAGAGGGGUUGGGACAAAAUGGUGUAAAAUAUUUUAGCAGGAAAACAGGGGGAAAGCCAGUGUGGACAAUCGGACCAGUCUCGUCUCUCAUGAUAAAAAAUGAAAGACUCUCGAGCAAUGCUAAUAGUUACUCUGAAUGGCUCAAUACUCAUCCACCUGCUUCAGUACUCUAUGUCUGCUUUGGAUCACAGAGCAGUAUCUCACCUUCACAAAUGAAAGAAUUGGCUAUGGGUUUAGAGGCAAGCGGCAAGGCUUUUAUAUGGGUUGCUAGGCCACCGGUGGGGUUCAUCUUGACAGAAGAAUUUAGAACUGAGUGGCUGCCUGAUGGACUUGAGGAACGGAUGAAGAAAUUGAAGCGGGGACUAUUGGUACAUCAAUGGGCGCCACAACAGGAAAUUCUGUCUCACGUAUCUAUGGGUGCAUUCCUCAGCCAUUGUGGUUGGAACUCUGUUCUUGAGAGUCUGUGUCAAGAAGGGAACACUUCUGAAGUUAUAAGACAUGAUCAUAUUGCAAGUGUCAUCAAGAUGGUGAUGGACAAGACAGGAAAAGGUGAGGAGCUGAGAAGUAAGGCCCAUGCAAUCAGAGAAAAGAUGGAAGAGGCAAUUAGAGAGGGAGAAGGCUUUAAAGGAUCAUCUGUCAAAGCUAUGGAUGAAUUUAUCAGCACUGCCACGUCAGCGAAAGAAGUUUCUUACCCUCCAUGGAAGUAG